AUGAGCACCUCGCAACCCACCGAUCGCACCCUGUACUUCGCCUACGGCAGCAACCUCUCGCUGCAGCAAAUGGCAACCCGCUGUCCCGAGAGCCGCUUCCUAGGCGUCGCCAUCCUCCCCCACCACCGCUGGCAGAUCAACUCGCGCGGCUACGCAAACGUCAUCAAUGUCACCCACACCGCCGACUCGGCGCGCCAUGCGCCCGCCGUCGAAGGUCUCUGCUACCUGCUCAGCGCCAGCGACGAAGCGGAGCUAGACCGGAACGAGGGCGUCAGCAUCGGAGCGUACGAGAAAGCCGAGCUGCAAGUCGAGUUAUGCUGCGCGCCGGUGGGGCUGGUCGGGAGGGAUGUGGUGCGGAUUGUGGCUGAUGGGAGUCUUGGAAGGGUUGUAUCCGUAAGUGGUGGACGAGAACGAGAGGGCCAGAGGAGAGGGAGAGGGGAGGUGACGACUGCUUUGGUUUAUCUGAGCACUGUCUUUAUAGAGGACGGAAGCCCGAGAGAGGAGUAUGUCCGUCGCAUUUCUGCUGGGGUAGCGGAUGCUCUGGUUUUGGGGGUGUCGAGGAAAUUUGUUACUGCGGUUAUUGAGCCGUAUUUGCGGACUUCCGCAGACUAG